UUCAUGAUUUUCCAUAGUGCUUAUUUUAUUAAUGCCUAAUACAUCAAUGCAAAGUUAGGAACUUUUGUAUUUGCUUUAGAGUUUUCCUACAUAUGAUAGAUUUUCUUCUGAGGAUGCAGUUUCUUUAUGUUCUUGGUUUAAAUCAGCUAUGGGCUGCACUUGCCAAAGGGACACUUUCAGUCAGCAAUCAUACUCACUGUUCUAACGGAAUACUGUUGUGAUCUGGUGUCUCAGUUUUCUCUCAGAUCAGUAAGCUGCCCAGGAUUGUGUGAGGCUGCAGGAACAUGCAUCCAGAAGUAAAGAGAAAUGGCCAGUGGUUUUGGCAGUAGUCUGCAGCUACAGUAUUUUGAGAUACUAUGCUGCUGAAGUAAGCUGGUGCUGUGGCUGAGAGCAGUCCUUCAUCUGAGUAGUGUUUUAUUGCAUUAUUACCCCCUCUGUUUUGUAGGUACAAGAGAUGGAGCUGUGUGAUGAACUGUGUUGGAGAACCAAUUUGAGUGGAAAAAUUACCCAUCCCCUUUUUGGGCAUAGGUCGCCUUCUUUUAACCUGCUAUGUUUCAACUAUCUUGUUUGCUGUACAAAUACAUUGUUCUGGCCCAGGGAAGAGGUGGGGGAAGAGAUAGGGGUAAAGGGCAAAAAAGGAAAAAAAAAAAAGGGCAAGGACUUGUUCUUCGUAGACUGUUGACUAAAAUGCAGGUGGUGAUUUCUUGUUAUGUCUGAGCCGAAUUAGCAGUUCAUGCCACUUCCCUUUUUCAGCUGCUCAGUUCCUGUCUGUAGUACUUGUCUGACCUCAUUGCACUGCAACUGUGGGAAAUGAACCUGGUGAAAAGGUCUGUUUUGAGGCUAGUGAGCUGAGUCUGUUUACUGUGCAGUCAGGAAGGUGCAAUGGCUCAAGAGUCUCCCAGAAAUUCAGCGGCAGAAAUUCCUGUGACUAGCAAUGGACAGCUGGAAGAUUCUCAUGAGCACAGCUUUAACAGGGACUUGAAACGUUCGUUACCAGUUGGACUUGGACUUUCUGAAACCAAAAUAACAUCUCAUGGCUUUGACAGCACCAAAGAGGGAGUUGUUGAGGCAGGACCAUUUCCAGGUAAAGGUUCCUCAGCAUCACCCAAAUCAUCUGUUAUAUCUCCUAGCAGUGCAGCAGCUAGCAGACUGGCUGGACAAGGUUGUGAUUUAAUUAUUCCCACAGGGGGCAGAGCUCAACAGAAGAGUGGACCUGUUGUGUUAGCAGAUGAAGUGAAGAAUCCAGCAAUGGAGAAAUUGGAAUUGGUGAGAAAGUGGAGCCUAAACACUUACAAGUGUACACGUCAGAUCAUCUCUGAAAAAUUAGGUCGUGGCUCGAGAACAGUAGAUCUGGAACUAGAAGCUCAAAUAGAUAUAUUGAGAGAUAACAAGAAAAAAUACGAAAAUAUCUUGAGACUGGCACAGACAUUGUCCACACAACUCUUCCAGAUGGUACAUACCCAAAGGCAACUUGGAGACGCAUUUGCUGACCUGAGUUUGAAAUCAUUGGAACUUCAUGAGGAGUUUGGCUACAAUGCAGAUACGCAGAAACUUCUAGCUAAAAAUGGAGAAACUCUUCUCGGGGCUAUUAACUUUUUUAUUGCCAGUGUGACUACAUUGGUGAAUAAAACAAUUGAGGAUACUUUAUUGACUGUGAAACAGUAUGAAAGUGCCAGGAUUGAAUAUGAUGCCUAUCGAACAGACCUAGAAGAGCUGAAUCUUGGCCCUCGUGAUGCAAACACUCUGCCAAAGAUUGAGCAGUCACAACAACUGUUUCAAGUGCAUAAAGAGAAAUACGACAAAAUGCGUAAUGAUGUAUCCAUCAAAUUGAAAUUUUUGGAAGAAAAUAAGGUUAAGGUAUUGCACAAUCAGCUUGUUCUGUUCCACAAUGCCAUUGCGGCAUACUUUGCUGGGAAUCAAAAGCAGCUUGAACAGACACUUAAACAGUUCCACAUCAAAUUGAAAACUCCUGGAGCAGAUGCCCCAUCCUGGCUUGAAGAACAGUAAUCAGAUGAGAGAAGAGGACCCAAUGUUAACAUAAAAUCUUUAAAUCUAAUAAUAAUUAAGGGUUGGGGUUGAAGGACUGUUGUAGUGAUUCUUGCACAGACAGCUUUAAUUUUUUCCCCUUUUAUAAUACUGUAAAACUGAAUUUGGUGGGAAAGUGGGUGACUUUAAGGUAACCAGACAUAAUUUCUGUCGUUUCAAAUACAGAGCACUCCUUUUGUAUGUGAAGGUUAGUGGUUAUUUCUGUAAUGGGGAAGGGGGAGGGAGGGAAGGGAAAGAAAACUAUUAUAGAUUUGCACUGACAAAUUAUAUUUGUGAUUUCUGGUCAUUUUGGUGGCUAGUCAAAAUAUUCCCAAAUGGAGGUUUACAUAAUUUGUAGCGACAUCUGAUAUUUUAUAGAUGAAUAUAGAAAAUGUCUUUAGUAAUUUUCGUAUGACUUUUAAAAAGGAGAGAGUUAAAACAAUAUUUUGCAGAUUAAUAAUCUAAGGCCUAUAUGCAAUAUCUGCAUAUAAGGCAACAGUAGCAGAUGGCUCAUUGACUAGUGGAAUUGCAGCAAAUGUCUUUUUAAAAGAUGUACCUUUCCAUCAUAGGUUUAAAAAAGAAAACACUAAAGCAAGAAUCACUGUCAGUCUGAGGCUUCGAAGCACACAUUUUUGCUUUGCACCAAGUGGUUUGCUGAUUGAGGCCAACCAUGCAGUGUACUAAUUUCAUUUAAAAUUUUACUUUCUCUAUGAAACAAAUACCGUACUAGCCUUAAAUCACAGGUAUGUGCCUUUUUAUAAGAUAGUAUUUUCCAACAGUGUACAUAAUCCAAGAACCCUUUGCAUAAUGGUUUGUCAGUUCCCCCCAAGGGGAAUGAGACUAUGUAAAAAUACUGUUUCAUUGUACACUUAGAGCAAGUUAAAGCUUUUAGUUAACCUUCAUGGACAGGUAUGAUUUUGACAGAGGCCAGAAUGGUUUUUCUGUUUAAUUGGAAAGCAUACUUCAGUAAUGGGAGUAACAUGGAGGAUACUUUUUUAAUUUCUCCAUCAAUCGUUCAGUCCUUUUGUGUAAAAUUGUGUCAAUUUUAUCAUAGACAUUUAAAAUUCAAUAUAUUGGAGUCUUCAUUUGCACAUGUUACGCUGCUUUGUGUUCUGUUAAGUAAAAUGAAAUACUUCAGAUGUGUUACUUAAAACGGUGUGGAUUGUAUGAUUUAUGUACUGUAUGUUCAAAUGCCUUUCAGCUGACAUUCUUAAAGUUUCAGUGCUUAACACAACUGUAAUGUAACUGUAAAUCAAACUUUUUAAUCAUUCCUCAUUACAUUCUUGGGCUGACAGAGCCUUCUUUAUGUUUUUGUUCUGUCAGAAUCUCUUGUAAUAGUUCAUACAUUCCCCAGAAUGUAUAUCCUAUGUGAAUUUUGUAUUCAUAUUAAAGGUGUUUGCAGUCAAA